UGACUCUUAAAAUCCUACAGAUUAUAGUUAGUUGGUACUGUCUGGAAACAAAAAAUGUAAUUCGUUGCUAUUCUUCUUUUCAAAUUGCUCGCAACAUGUGCGAGGUGGAUGUGAAAAUCAUCAAACGAACUCAAGAAACCCUUGGAAAGUUAAUCAAAAAGCCAGUCCUUACUGAAAAACUUUUGUCAAGACCUCCAUUUAGAUUUCUUCACGAUAUAUGUACGUCAGUUAUUAGGUCGACAGGAUUAAUGAAGGGUUUAUUUAACUCAGAAGAGUUGGAAGCUGAUAAUGUCAAAGACAAAGACAAAAAGUUGGCAUUUCUUCAAAAGUUGGUAGAUUUCUUGUCGGUAGUGCAUGAACGAACUAUUCCUGUCAGAAUAAUGAGCAUGGUUGCUGGUAAGGAGGCUGAGAAAACGAAUGAGAUGCUGUUCUUACUAGCUGAAGCUGUCAACAAAAAGAUCAACAACGAAGAAUAUGUUGCCCGAGUUCUCCAAGGAAGUAAAGUCGAUGAUGUUAAACCAAGUGCUGUUGGAAAGCAAGUAUCAGAAACUAAGCAUUCAAAAAAAAAGCCUGGUAUGGAGUCAAAGUUCGUGGAUCAUCGAACAAAGGUGACUCAAAGUCGCCGGAAAAACAAGUCAAAUGGGGAAAAAGACUCAACAGACCCAGUUAAUGUAGAAAAGUGUGGUAGCGCGAGGGAAAAUCAUCUGUUUCAAGAUUCUGGAAGUCGUGCUGGCAGUCAAUGUGGUUUACAAACACCGGAAAAAUCGCAAGAGGAAAUCGUUGCUCCUUCCCUCCAAAAUUCUGAAGUAUCAGUCUUCCAACCUCGACAUCACAGACCUGCAUCCGCCAAAGGACAGAGGGUGAAAAGAGAUGAUGUAAAGAUGUCAACCGAUCAACAGGAUAAUAAACGUGAACCAACUGAAAACUCAAGAUUGGUACCACCUCGCCCAAGACGUUCUGGAGAUUUCGUAAUUGAAGAUAAUCAUAAACAAGUGAAUAUGACAUGUAUAUCUGGACUUAUUAUUUCUGAUUCACAACAAGAUACAACUGAUGAAGAACACGAUGAUGAUAAUAAUGAUGAUAAGAAAUUUGUUAGCGAAGAAACUCCUGGUAAUAUAUCAGCUGAUAUUUUAACAAAACAGUGGGAUAAAACUGAGCCAGAAGAUAAUCAUGAACAUGGUGGUUUAGUCACUAAAAUAUUACAGACGAAAAAAGAAUAUGAAAAUGUCAAUACAAUGAAUAAAGAAAGUUUAAAAGUACAGUCUAGCGGAUUGAAUGAAGCAGCUAAAGAACGUGAGAAAGCUUUAUUAAAAAAAGAAAUUAAUCGUUUAUGUGAUUCACUGCAAACACUAUCACGUUCAGCUAUUCCAUUGAGUAAACUGAUGGAUUUUGUUCAAGAAGAUUUAGAAACAAUGCAACAAGAAUAUGAACGUUGGAAAACUGAAAAUCAUAUACUUAAAUCUCAAUUGAAACAACAGGAAAAUUUAACCCAAACAUGUAUAGAACCUUUGAAAGCUCAACUAGAUGAAUUAGAAAAAUAUGCCAAAGAAAAAGAGAAGGCUAUUAUUAAAUGUAAAGCUAAAAUAUUUCAUAACAAUGAACGUAUACAAAAUUUAUUGUUUAAAUCAUUGGAAAAAGUCUUGUGAACAGUUAUUUAAAAUAAAAUAAUUCAAUGAACAUAGUGAAUUUUCAUCUUAACAUUCUGUUUCAUCAUAGUGUCGUAUAUAUUUCCACAAAGUUUAAUGUUAUCUACUGAACAAUUUAUGAAAGUCAAUCACUUUUAAAAAAUAUAUAUAAACAUAAAGAAUUUGGAGUUGGCUAAAAGAUCUUACUCUCAUCUAAUCGACCGCGUUCAUUUUAUUCAUUAAAUAAUUAAAAAGCAUUUUCUAUCAAGUUAUGUUAAAAACUAUUGAUGAAUGAUUCGAAUAAAUUAUGAGUUUCUUUGUUGAUUAUUUCAAGAUAUUUUAUGAUAUAAAUUACUUUGUGUUUUGUUCAAAGAAUCUUUUUGUUGUUCAUUUCAAUUUAAUUGAUUGCUUUCCCUAAAUCUUUAUCUGCGAUAUAUUUUUUGUGAGGUCGAUUAAAUUUGUUGUCUCAUUGUUUUUCAUCUUAUAAUGAUAUGUGUGAUUUCACCAGGAAAACAAACAGUCUGUUUUAUUAAUUGAACAUCGUUUUUUUUUGAAGGAACUUGUUAAACCAGGAGAUUGGGAUUUACUUUAUCGAUUUGAUACAUUUAUUUUGUCAUUCCACUGAAAAUUGAUCAACACCAUUUGUUGGUGAAAACUUGUUAUAUCAAAUAAAUAAAUAAUAAAUAAUUUUAUGCACAUACGAA